AACGGCUGAAAAUCACAUGACCCCGUCUGCUCGAGCUCAGCCCACAAGUGGAGUGGGUCAUAUCGACCCAACGAAGUACUCCAAGGAUUAUCUUGGAUUAAAUUCUAGUGCAGUGAAACCAUCAUCCCGAAGUUGAGUGUGCAAUCCAUCUUGCCAAGAUGGGGAGCCUUUUCCGAAGUGAGGAAAUGACCUUAUGUCAACUUUUCCUCCAAAGUGAAGCUGCCUAUGCUUGUGUGUCCGAACUGGGCGAACUUGGGCUGGUUCAAUUUCGAGACUUAAAUCCAGAUGUUAAUGCUUUCCAACGAAAAUUUGUCAAUGAAGUUAGGCGCUGUGAUGAAAUGGAACGUAAGUUGCGGUACUUGGAAAAGGAAAUUAAGAAGGACAACAUUCCUAUGACUGACACCGGUGAGAACCCCGAGGCCCCUCAGCCCAGGGAAAUGAUUGAUUUGGAGGCAACAUUUGAGAAGCUGGAAAAUGAGCUUCGAGAAGUUAACAUGAAUGCUGAGUCUCUGAAACGCAACUUCCUGGAACUCACUGAAGUGAAACACAUUCUUCGUAAAACACAGGUCUUCUUUGAUGAGGCUGCUCAGGGCUCGCUCGUGUCCUACCCACAGAUGGCAGACCCUAGCCGCGAGGAAGAGCAGGUCCAACUUCUCGGGGAAGAGGGCAUGCGCGCUGGUGGCCAGGCAGCUCUCAAAUUGGGCUUUGUUGCUGGAGUUAUCUUGCGUGAGAGGAUCCCUGCGUUCGAGCGCAUGCUGUGGCGUGCCUGCAGAGGCAACGUCUUCCUUCGACAAGCAGAAAUUGAAACCCCUCUUGAAGACCCUGCAACUGGCGAUGAAGUCUAUAAGUCAGUAUUCAUCAUCUUCUUCCAAGGAGAUCAACUCAAAACCCGUGUGAGGAAAAUCUGCGAGGGUUUCCGGGCCUCCCUCUAUCCUUGCAGGGAGACCCCUGCAGACCGUCGGGAAAUGGCUAUGAGCGUCAUGACUCGCAUUGAGGAUCUCAACACUGUGCUGGGACAAACUCAAGAUCAUCGCCACAGAGUUCUGGUGGCAGCGGCAAAGAAUAUUAAGAGUUGGUUCAUCAAAGUGCGCAAAAUCAAGGCCAUUUACCACACCCUGAACCUUUUCAAUUUGGAUGUGACCCAAAAGUGCCUGAUUGCGGAAUGUUGGGUUCCUGUGCUGGACAUGGAGUCCAUCCAACUUGCUCUACGCCGUGGAACUGAACGCAGUGGCAGCUCUGUACCUCCAAUUUUGAAUCGUAUGGACACAUUUGAAGAACCUCCAACCUACAACCGCACAAAUAAGUUCACCAAAGCUUUCCAAGCCCUUGUUGAUGCUUAUGGUGUUGCUAACUACAGGGAGGUCAAUCCUGCUCCAUAUGCCAUCAUCACAUUUCCCUUCCUGUUUGCUGUGAUGUUUGGGGAUCUUGGUCAUGGACUUAUCAUGUUUUUGUUUGCACUCUACAUGGUCCUCAAAGAAAAGCCACUACAAGCUAAGAAAACAGACAAUGAGAUCUGGAACAUUUUCUUUGGUGGACGUUACUGUCUUCUUCUCAUGGGCAUGUUCUCAAUGUACACUGGUAUCAUUUACAAUGAUGUCUUCUCCAAGUCUUUGAACGUCUUUGGUUCUCACUGGUCCAGUGUGUAUGAUAUGAACUAUCUUAUGCGUAAUAAGGAUGCAACAAUUGAUCCAAAGGAUGCAUAUUCCUCAACUCCAUACCCAGUUGGAGUUGAUCCUGUUUGGCAGUUUGCCAGCAAUAAAAUUGUUUUCCUGAAUGCCUUCAAAAUGAAAGUGUCAAUCAUUCUUGGUGUCGCCCAGAUGUUGUUUGGUGUUAUUCUGAGUCUUUGGAACUACCGGUACUUUGGAAAGCGCCUGGACAUUUAUCUCCUGUUUAUUCCCCAAAUUAUUUUCUUGUGCUUCCUGUUCUUGUACAUGGUUCUUUUGAUGUUCAUCAAGUGGGUGUCCUAUGAAGCCACAGCCACAGAUGAAAGGCUGCUACCAACCUGUGCUCCAUCAAUCCUUAUUACUUUCAUCAACAUGGUUCUGUUCAAACCUGCUGAGCCCUCAGGCAAUUGUGAUCCGUACAUGUAUGGAGGACAGGGAGGACUUCAAAAGCUCCUGGUUGUCGUAGCUCUGUUGUGUGUUCCCUGGAUGUUGCUGGCCAAACCUCUGUACAUCAUGCGUAACCAACGCAAAGCCCACCUUCCAUUGAACAAUCAUGUGAAUGCUGUUGAGGAAAAUGGAGGUGCUGCUCAUGCUGAUCUGGAGAGUGGUGUUCAGAACGCCGCUCCUGCCCAGCAACCAGCCCACAAACCAGCUGGAGGUCAUGAUGAGGAGGACCUCCAGGAAAUUUUCAUUCAUUCUGGUAUCCAUACUAUUGAGUACGUUUUGGGAUCUGUCUCUCACACAGCUUCCUACCUCCGUUUGUGGGCGCUGUCUCUUGCCCAUGCUCAGCUCUCUGAGGUCUUGUGGAGCAUGGUUAUGCGCAUGGGUCUUCAGCGAGAAGGCUGGUUUGGUGGUGUUGCUGUUUUCCUGAUGUUCGCAUUCUGGGCCGUUCUCACUGUGAGCAUCUUGGUUUUGAUGGAGGGACUUUCUGCAUUCCUUCACACCCUACGUUUGCAUUGGGUGGAGUUCCAGAGCAAAUUCUACAGUGGAGCUGGUUACACUUUCUCUCCAUUUGCAUUUGAAGUUAUUCUUGAGCAAGCAGCAAGUAGCAAUGAUGAUUAAAAAAGAGAAUUGUUGACCUUAGAUGCUAGAAAAAUAUCUAAAUGAAGCAAUGAAGGUAGAAGAAUGUUUCAAGUGGCGUGAUUGUCAUGUACUGCAUUUAUUAUUAGUCCAUUGAUGCUGAGAUCUAGAGCUUAUUCUGUAACUGUGCGAAGAAUCUCUUUUUGCUGUUCAUCAUUAUUUAAAAGUUGGAUCUGUUUUCAUAACAUAGGAGGACAAGAUUUCAUUUUUCUUAGUUUCAUCACACUGUAUUCUGUACUGCAUAGGGACAUUCCUGAUAGAGCAGUAUUGUAUUCUUUUGAAAUGCUGCCAUAUCAGUUGACUUUUAUUUUUUGCCAUUAUCAACUUUAAAAAAGUUGCUCUAAGUUACAUUUGUUCCUUUUUUUUUUAUGUAGUCUGAAAAUGAUAUAAAGAAACCUAGGUACAUUCUUUAAUGCAUAUAAUAUGCAAAAUUUUAUCUCUUAGUAUUUUAUCAACACUGUAAUUCAUGAAGUAUAUUAGAAAACUCUUUUAGCCCAUUAUAUUCCAAAAAUGUAGUUUGUUUCUCGUUCUGAGGAACUCAGUAUCAUUCAAUCUCAUUGAAAAGAUCUUACCACCUUUUAAUGUUGAAAUUAUACAUUCAUGAAAAAACUUUUCUUGUCCCUAUAUUGUAUGUACUUAAUUUCUUUCAGUCUUGUGAUCUUGUAGUAUGCUUGUGGUGCCAUUGAUAUUCUUAGAAUGGCCUCUGAUGGCUUUCAACCAGCAGUAUUAGUGGCCACAAACCUUUUGAACACUAUGUAUGAACUUAGUACUUCCAUGCUUUGUAAUCUGUCACAUGUCUGGUGAUUUACAAAUAAAUAGAGCAGUGCAACAA